AUGAUAAAAAAUUUAAAGGCAAAAGAAAGGAAGGAAAAGCAGCAUGAUCCAGAAUUCCAAUAUCCGAAAGUUGCGAAAGUGACUAGAGCUUCAAAACAAGCUGGAAAGCAAGUUGAGCAAAGCACGAAGGACAAAGAAGUGCUUGAUGCUGAUGCAUACGUCUUGCCUCAACCUAUAAACAUCACAAAAUCUUGGAUUGAUAACAAGCAGCUAGUCAAAAACUCAUCAGAGGAGUUCUAUCUUGGCAAAAAGACGAAGAAAGAAUUAAAAAAGGCAAUUCUCAUAUUCAAGGAGACAUUACAAGAUCCAUCUAAAGAUGAAGGGAAUGAACAAGUAGAAGACAACACAGAAGAAUACGAAGCCAGCAAUGGACAAGAACAUCAAGCAUGUAGCACAGAAGAAGAAACCAGCGAAGAAAUAGAACCAGAAGACAGUGAACAAGAAGAUGAAGAAGAAAAUGAACAACAAGAAGAGAACAAGGAUGAAAGUGAUGAAGAAGAAAAUAAUGAGCCGAUGGACCAAAAACAUGAUGAAUCCUGA